GACUAUCCAUAGCAUCACUCACACAGAUAAUAGCAUUAGGUAAUGGCGCACUGUACUUCAUUCCAACCACAUAAUUUCUUAUCAAACCAAAAAUCACAGAGAAAUAGCAGUUCGAAGGAAGCGUUUCUUCCCAGUAAUCUCCAAUGUAUGAGAUGGAAAAUGCAGUCCACGGUCGCCAAACAGUUAGUUAGUUACCAGCCAAGUUCUUGGAGUUACGACUUCAUACAAUCCAUUGGCGAUGAUCACAUGAAUCAUGUGAUGGAAGUAGAGGAGGAUGCCGGGAAGAUGGAGGACGAAGUUCAGUGCAUGCUUGAGAAUGAAGACGUGGAGCCGUUGGUUCUGAUAGAAUUGAUUGAUGAUAUCGAUCGUCUAGGCAUCGCGUACCGGUUUGAGGAGAAUAUCGACAGAGCCCUUGAGAGAAUUCUACUUCAAUCUUCACAAGUUGAGCAGAAACUGCGUGAGAACUUGCGUUCUAGUGCUCUCUAUUUCAGGCUGCUUAGACGACAUGGCUACAGUGUUUCUACAGAUAUAUUUGAGAGCUUCAAGGACUCAAAUGGAAACUUUAGAACAAGUCUGGCCACGGACAUUGAAGGAAUGUUAAAUCUGUAUGAAGCUUCUCAUCUAGCAUUUGACGGGGAGAGUACGUUGGAUGAGGCUAGAGAAUUUACGAGCUUCCACCUCAAGAAUAUGCUCGGGAAGAUGGACAUGAAAAGUGCUCUGCGAGUGAGCCGUGCAUUGGAACUUCCAUCCCAUCACAGAAUGCAAAGAUUGGAAGAAAGGUGGAACAUUGAGAUGUAUGAUAAACAAAAUAAGGCGAACCAGUUGUUGCGUAAAUUGGCAACAUUGGAUUUCAACUUGGUGCAAAAGGUGCACCAACGAGAUCUGCAAGAAGCAUCAAGGUGGUGGAGACAUGUCGGCUUAGCAAAUAAGCUGAGCUUUGCAAGAGACAGGUUGAUGGAAAGCUUCUUUUGGACAGUUGGAAUGAUCUCUGAACCUCAAUUUAGUAAAUGUCGUGUUGGAUUAACCAAAGUGGUCAACCUAAUUACCGUUUUAGAUGACAUUUAUGAUGUUUAUGGCUCUGCCGACGAGCUAGAGCAACUGACAAUUGCUGUUGACAAGUGGGAUGUCAAUGCUGUGAAUGAUCUUCCAGACUACAUGAAGCUAUUCUUCUUUGCACUUUACAACACAGUGAACGACAUGGCAUAUGAUACUCUUAAAGAACAAGAUCAAGUCAUAAUUUCUCAGCUAAAAAAAGUGUGGGCAGAUUUAUGCAAAGCAUUCUUAAAAGAAGCAGAGUGGAGAUACAAGAAAGAAAUCCCUAAAUUUGAUGAAUAUUUGGAUCAUGGAUGGACUUCUUCCUCUGGAGUGGUAUUGUUAACUCAUGCCUAUUUCUUGACCACUCAAAAUAUCACAGAUGAAGCCAUAAAGGCCUUGAAUGACGGCCACGGCCUGUUACGUUCCCCCUCUACAGUUUUUCGUUUGGCCAACGAUCUAUCUUCCUCAAAGGAUGACGUCGGAAGAGGCGAAACUGCAAAAGCAGUCUCAUGUUACAUGCAUGAAACCGGUGCAUCUCAUGAAGUUGCUUGUGCAUAUAUUGGAAAGUUGAUUGAUCAAAACUGGAAAAUGAUAAACAAAGAGAGUACUUACAAUUCAGCACUCUUUGGCAAAUGUUUCAUUCAAACAGCUCAGAAUCUUGCUCGCAUAGCUUUGUGCCAAUACCAGCAUGGAGAUGCUCAUACUGCCCCGACCGAUGGAUCAAGAAAUCGAGUCAAAUCAGUGAUCAUGGAGCCCAUUCACUUCAUGAAGUGAAAAUCCAGUUCAAAAGUUUCGGUUUAUACUUCAUACCAUUGCUGUAAUUAUUCAAAUUCUUGUUUCUGGUCUAAGUAAUUCGUUUUGGUGCAAGAAGUCCAAUGUGACGAAGGUGUUCUUCCUCUUCAUACAGUAAUGAAUCAUCGAUUCACUCA